AGGAAGUGAUCAAAUUAUUGGGCUGUGACGAGCUACGUCUACUUGAACAGUACUACUUCUACAAGUGACAAAGUCAAAGGCUGUCCUUCGAUCUACUAGAACAAAUCAAGGAAAGGAGUGCCAGUUAAUUUCGUUGGAUACAUGUAUUUGAACAGGCGUUGGUUGAUUUUCCCUCUCCCACCCUAUUUCCCUCUCCUUGUUAAUGAUUUCAGCAACAUAUUAGAAUACGUGUUUCAUGGCAAAAAUUCCUCAAAAGUGCAUGUCUACAAUCAAGGCCGAUUCUGAUGUAACAAGAGCGCAUCUUCAAUUGACGGCAGUCAUGUGGACAGGAGCAAAACGUCAAUUAUCCUUUGUUAGGACUCGCAACGCUGCAUCGGAAAAAUGAGGCCUGCUGGUCUAAUCGCGGGAAAAAGGGUAGGGCAGAGUUCGGUUUGCUGCUCGACGAUGACAAGUACCCGAGAGGCAAAUAAGUCUGGCGCUUUGAUUCAGAUGAUGUUUGUUCGAUUUCUCUUCCUAAUAUCAGCAUUGGAUGUGGAGAAUCUCUUCCAGCACGCAGUUCCAUCAUCGCAUUAUCCGCAAUCAAGAUUGGGAGACACGCGGUUUUCAUCGAUAGUCUCAAACUGCGCGCGUGGCGGGACGCUCUUCGCUGCCGCGACUACUCCACCUCCGCCACUGGAGUACUUUGGCGUGCCGGGUGUCAACCCAGCUGGAAGUGUCGGCAUCAUCGCACCUGUCUUUAGGAAAGGCGACGUUUUUCUCGCACUUCUCGAUACUCCAAGUACGAGGGCUUUCUAGAACUUGCUCAUACAAAAACAUUUGAAUUUAGAUUUAUUCGACAAUCAUGCAGUGCAGCUGCAUUAUUUUUUCUUUCAGUAGCUUAACUUUUCAUCCUGGAAAUGCAAGUAUAUUAUACUACUAACUUUGUCGUGACAAAGGCAACUCACUGACUACUUCAUCGCCAAUGAGGAACUUCAACUUAUGGCUAUGCCAACUCUCCCAUAGCCAUAAUCAAUGUCGAUGAGCUUAACAUUCAAGAUGGGUACGCAGCUAACGCUGGCUUGCGGUUUCAAGAACGUUUUUCUACUUGUCCGAAUUAAUAAUAGACGAAGUCAACAAAGUCUUGUUUUAACGGGGGCAUGAAAAAAUGACUCCUGAUGAAAAUUCAACGCUAAUCUGUGCAAAAAAAAUUGCAACUUUCGCGGCAUCUGCAAGGACGAAACCUGUUACUGUCAGCCAGGGUAUCACGGGUCUACGUGUGGAAAGGAGACGCUGUCAAAACGCGGCACUUACGCACUCGAUGAGGUCGCUCUUGUCGCAGUGGGAGUCUGCAUAUGGUAUCCUCAUCAAUCUACACGCAUGGUCCUAUUUAUGACUAAGGGCAUCAUCAAAACUAACUGCUUACAUUCCCGUCGCGUUUAUUUUGUUCUCUGCAUGAUCAAAUACUUAUUACACUGCAUAGCAUACUGGUGAUGCUACUUCCCUUGAUGUUCUCCCUUUAUCGCGUUUAAUGCUGGGCUCAUGAUCGUGGAGAUUGUGGACGAUGUUUGUUCCUAGGAUUAUCUCCGAGCGUAAAUCGUCUACUUCCAUACACGUGAAGUUCGUACCUUGCAUUGAUGAUUAUCACGAGUGACUAGCCACAAUAAUAGCCGGUUGUCAACUAUGCUGUGCCUGUGCAUGAGGAGACUUUUCGAUAACAAAGUUUUUUCGAUUCUUGUUACUUCUGCAUCUUGAUGUUGAUCUGUUCCACUUCCACACGUAAAAGUUGGCACUUCAUGAUCUGAUGAACAACAAGUACUGAUUGCAGGUUAUUAGAAGUAGCUGCUUGAUGAAUUGCUGGUGCUCUAGGUCUAGCUCUAGUUCCUAUUUAUUUUUAUUUUUGAGGUUCUGCAUGUUGACGUUCGGGUUUUUGCAGUAUCAGGAGUAUUCAAAAAAAGCCGUCGAACGUGCGAUGGGUUAUGCAGUCUAAAAGCCGACCGAUGCCGUAUGAGAUAGACUUGGUGACAGUCAAGUAAACCUGUUGGAGGCGUUAUGACGAUGUGCUGCAUGGUGAAAAGCACAGGAGAAGCAAUAUGGUCAAUGCACGAGAGCGGGCACGAGCGAGUUACCCUUUGUUACUAGAUCGAGGAUGCAGUUUAAGUCGAGGGUAAGUACGCCCGAAGACAGAUAGUAGUACGUGGAAGAUAGUGGCGGGUACUGCAAGAAGAUUAUUUGUCAUCAAAUUGAAAUUUGGUCUCACUAACGUUGUUGUUGGGGACAACAAGGACUAUGCUUGAGCCUCUCUUAACUAGGGAAGUUGCUCCUCUGGGCCCCACGUGGCAAAUAUAGUGGGCUAGGAAGUUCCUCCUUACUGCAACAAGAUUUUUUUAGCUUCCUUGACUAUUUUGAAAACGAGAAAGAGAGAAGAAAAAA